AUGAAAACAGUCGGCAUAUUAGGCAACAAAUGGCAAAUGACCCAAAUAAUUUCUACCACCAAGGAGGGAGUAUUAAUACCAGUCACCCCAAUACUAGUUGGUAAUAACAUAGUUUCUCAAGUGAAAACCGAAGCCAAAGAAGGAUAUAAUUCUUGUCAAAUUGCUUUUGGUGAUUGCUCGGAAAAAAAUCUUAAUAAACCUUUAAUAGGUCACUUAAAAAAAAAUAAUGUUCCGCCGAAGAGACAUUUACAAGAAAUAAGAGAUAUGUCGGGAUUAGAAGUUGGUUCCCAAGUAGAUUUAACAUUUUUUCAAGUAGGGGACAAAAUUAAAAUUACUGGUACUUCGAGAGGUAAAGGCACUGCCGGAGUAACUAAAAGAUAUGGGUUCGCGUUAGGAGCCAUGUCCCACGGAGGAGGAUAUCCUCAUCGCUUAAUUGGCUCUAUGGGUGGUGGUCGUGGUACUAACCAAGGUGUUCCCAAGGGUAAAAAGAUGCCUGGUCGCAUGG